AUGGCUAGUCGCGAAAAAAUUAGAAAAUGGAAGGAGGAUUACACUGAGUAUGGCUUUACCAAAACAAUUAUUGAUGGAGUAGACCACAUGUGCCUGGAGUUCGACACCCCUGGAGUAGACAGACCGCAGUGCGUGCUUUGCAAUGCAAUAUUUUCCAAUUCCAACUUGAAACCAUCAAAGCUUGGUGAACAUUUCCAAGUUAAACAUGGUGGAAACACCAGAGAAGGGAAUGAUCUUAAUUCCUUGAAGGGUAAAAGGGCACGCUACGACAUUAAAGGAACACUUCGAAAGUUAGGGUUCGCUCCUGUGGAUAAGCCCCUGCUUCUGGCAUCAUUCAAAGUUGCAUACGAAGUGGCAAAAAUGAAAAAGCUGCACACUGUUGCAGAGACUUUUAUCAAACCAUGUGUUUUACAUAUAGUGAAGACUAUCCUGGGUGCAGAGGCCGCACGGAAAGUUCAACAGAUUCCUCUGUCAAACAAUGUUAUCCGAAGCAGGAUUGAUGACAUCGGCGCUGAUAUUCUCGAUCAAGUGGUUUCGGACAUCAAAGCUUCCCCCGUCAAGAGCUCAAUUCAGUUAGAUGAAUCGACAGACGUCGAUAAUUGUAGCCAACUCAUCGUUUUCGUUCGUUAUGUAAAGGCGAAUGGCAUCGAGGAAAAAUUCCUGUUUUGCAAAUCACUCGAAACAACGACAACCGCAAGGGAUGUUUUCAAUACGGUGAAAAGUAUUUUCAGUACUAACGAGAUUCCGUUGCAAAUUAUCGGAUCUAUUUGUACUGACGGUGCUCCUGUUAUGUUAGGAAACCGAUCUGGCUUUGUUACUCUUGUAAGAAAUGAAGUACCAGAGGUGACGGUUACUCAUUGUAUCCUUCAUCGCCAAGCUCUUGUGUCGAAGACCUUGCCGGUCACUUUGAAAAAUGUAAUGGAUCGUGUUAAAAUUAUAAAUUUUAUUCGUGGAAGAGCUUUGAAUCACAGGUUGUUGAAAGCGUUUUAUAGUGAACUUAAUGAUGAUGCUUCUAUUCUCCUGUUUCAUACGGAGGUCAGAUGGCUUUCUAGAGGUCGAGUUUUGACAAGGUUUUUUCAGCUCAGAAAGGAAAUCGAAGAGUUUCUACGAGAACAGAAAUCUGACCUUCUGCAUUCUUUCGAAUUUCCUAAUUUUACACCAUUGUUGGCAUACCUGGCAGAUAUUUUCCAACAUCUCAAUGAUAAGAAUUGUUCGAUUCAGGGAAAUGAAAUGAAUAUUGUGACCGCCUGCGACAAGCUGCGUGCUUUCAGGAAUAAGUUGUUGUUGUGGAGUUUACGUAUCCGGAAUAAUAAUUUUGCUAAUUUUCCUUUGCUGGAAGAAGUCAUUGUGUAG